GAAUUUGUACGCAGAGAUAUAUAAGUAAAUAAUUAUAGUUCUUCGCUUGAUUGCGACGACAAGCUAACCUCAGUACUUAAAAAACACACAGACACUUAAACAUGUUAAACGUAGCAGUGCAUAAACUUCCUGUAAUUAUACGUCUGAAUGCAAGGGAAACAAUAUAGGGUGCGAGGACUCAAUGAAAUCCGGUUUCACAUUCGAGCAAUUACCAUUUACUGUACCGUCACCUUAUAAAGUAGAUCCGUCAGUGUUACAAAAUUAUCACUUAUUACUAUUAAUUAAUUGGUAUAAUUACUUGGAUUUCACAUGUAUAGUGGUAUAUUCUCGAUAUCUCGACCCCUGAGGAUAGAAGAACACGGAUGGACUGUAUAUAAGAGCUUGUCAAAUAAGGUUUUUAUUAAAUAUACGAUUUGUUUCGCAGCAGUGCAGUGAUAGAUUCAUCUAACAGUCAAUUCUGGUCACAGUGGAAUAUUGUGCCAGCACACAUAGAAUGACUCAUACCGACACCAGAGUUACCAUGGCUACGCAACGACCUUGGAUAUUACUCCUGCUUGGAUGCCUGUUGUUGGACUGCCUCCUCUCGCGGGCCUCCGCUCUUCCGGUAGGAGAUUCGGGGGACGGCAUCCUAUCUGAGAUCAAACAUCCCGGGAACGCAGAGUUCGGACGACGCGUGGAGCCGGUCACCAAACCUCUCGUAGAGCAGAUCUGGGGUCGCUGGGUGCAGGGGGUUACACAGUCUCCGGGGUCGGGUCGCUGGGAAUGGGGGCCGGGAUGGACCAGGCCAGUGAGGAUCGGGUUGAUGAAACUGGAACGAUUCAUCUCUUUACUGCUGUAGCAUAUGACUUAUAGCUUUUUAUGUGAUUCUUGCGGGUAAUACAUGUAUUUAUACAUCAGGAAAUGUUUACACGGUGCUAGCUCGAAAAAGAUAGUUGGUGAUAUAUCCGGCUGGAUUAAGAGGGGAAUAAAGCUGCGGAGAUCUGCGCCAUCCCAGGCGAGAAAAUGUGAUGAGAUUCGCGAAAUAAUAACUAGUGCAUUAGCGUAUUGAUCACGGCGCUAUUUUGAGCGCUGGACUAAGACUGUGUGACAAUGACCGACCAAAAAUGGGUUAAGAAUUACUUCAUGUCUUAGUUUAUUUGUCGUUAACUGCUUAUUUGAAAUAAAUAUACUUUAUUUAUAUAUAAUUAACUCUUUUUUCGGGGGGGGGGGGGGGCGAGCUUGAGUAGGGAGCCGCGUAUUUUGUGUAUAGGUAGCUAGCUAUUCGCCUCAAUAUAGAGCAAUCAUAACCCAUGUGUCUUUUACAAAUGGCAUACAAAGAAGUGGCUUAUAAGUUACAAUAUAUGACAACAGUGAUUGAUCGAAGUAUAGCCACAGUUAUGAAAUACAGCUACAACAUACUGUUGUAUUGUAAGCUGUCGCUAAUAUAUAACUGUUUAUAAGUAAUAACAUAUAACUGUUGCUAUACUUUCGAAUGCAACGAUGGCUAUGAAAUACAGCCAUAGCUAUACAUUUAAAACCGCAGCUAUGUUUUGUCUAACUGUUGUUGAUAGUUCACCUUUUAGCCGAUUGCUACACACUACAUAAUUAAAUACACAGUGUUUCAAAAAAUGCGUACGCAGAUUUUUUUCAGAUUUUCGUAAAAAACCCAUCAUUUAGUAAAUAAUAUCACUGUUGUUAAUAAGAACCUUAUUGUAAAUAACUGCACUAUUGUUAAUAUGAGUACUAUUGUUAAUAAAAGUUUUAUUGUUAAUAAAUAUUUUA